AUGGUGGAUUGCAGUGGUGGUGGCAUUACCAAGGAGUACACUGCUGAAGAUAUCAAACAUGCUGACAUCUCUAUUGUGAGUUUAUUUACCUUAUCUUCUAGGUUAUUGUCAGCAUAUACUGAACUACUAAGCACUAUUGAUGUAGAUGGCACUCCCGCCAAGCCAGGUGAUCUUCUGGUAGUUGAAAUUUGCAAUUUGGGUCCUCUACCAGGAGAUGAAUGGGGUUUUACAGCAAUAUUUGACAGAGAAAAUGGUGGUGGUUUUCUAACUGACCAUUUUCCUUGCGCUACCAAAGCUAUCUGGUAUUUUGAAGGAAUAUAUGCCUACUCUCCUCAUAUACCAGGGGUACGAUUUCCGGGUUUGACUCACCCCGGAAUAAUUGGAACUGCACCUUCAAUGGAACUACUUCAGAUAUGGAAUGAAAGGGAAAGAAAUCUUGAAGAAACUGGAUUUCAGUCUCUCAAGUUAUGUGAGGUUUUGCAUACACGACCACUGGCAAACCUACCCUCAACCAAAGGGUGUUUUCUUGGCAAGAUUCAAGAGGGCACUCCUGAAUGGGAAAAGAUUGCUAAGGAGGCUGCAAGGACAAUUCCAGGAAGAGAAAAUGGAGGAAAUUGCGACAUAAAAAAUCUCAGUAGAGGUUCAAAAAUAUACCUACCAGUAUUUGUGGAUGGAGCAAAUUUCAGCACUGGGGACAUGCAUUUUUCUCAAGGCGAUGGCGAAGUCGCAUUCUGUGGGGCAAUCGAGAUGAGUGGUUUUCUAGAACUCAAGUAA